AUCCGCUGCAAACAACAAGCGCUCUGUUCCCCCUUCAGCUUGACGCCAUUUACAGCCCAAAUCCCGACCUCCUCUCCGGAAAGAGCCCAAAAAACCCAACACACACAUUCAUGCACGAGUAACAAAAAGUACUCGCGGGACCCGCACGGAGACUCGCGGAUAAACCCCGAGAGGCGCUUCACUUCUGCAGCAGAGCGCUAGUUUCAACUCUUUUACCGCCUCGUGUUCCUGCGGGAUUUACCCCCCUCCCCUUCCCCGUACCCUCUUUUUUUUAACGGGAACGCGUCCCGGUGUGGAAACUCGUCUCGAUGGAUCUUUACCGACGGCUCCCCGCACCGAGCAGCUCGCGCGUGGAAUAAACUCGUCCCGCGAGUUGGAUUUAUUUCACCGAAACGGGAGCAAAGUGUGGCGAGCACGGACUUCAGAUGUGUCCCAUGCCAGCCAGAGUGACCCUUCAGUCCCGAGAUGGAUUCCACGAGUCACAACGACAGCGACGGGGGAGGAGGGCGCUGCGGGCGGUUGCCGCCAUUGGCUGGCUCGCCGGUUAUGCCGCAUGACGAAGGGGGACCGCAACCACGGCCCGCGCUCAACCUGGAGGCUUCGCCAGAUCCGGGGUCGACCAACAGGCGGCCGUCCCACGCUGCAGCAGUGCUGUCCCUUGAUCAGAUCCGCAUCAGUGGCAGCAGUAAUGAGUACACAGAAGGGCCCACAGUUUCCCAGAGGUCUCCGGCCGCUGCGCAUCGGCAACAGAAGAGCGACUUGGUGUCGUUGCCGGGUCCAAGGACCAGUGGGCCACAGAAUGCUCCGGAAGAGGAGCCCAAUAAUCUCUGUGACCGGAAUUUGUUCCCUCAAUAUGGGAACUCCAGUGCUUCCGUCUCGUCCUGGGAGGAAUCGCAGAGCAGCAUUAGGAGCAGCGCGGGCAUCCCGUCCUCCGGCCAGCGGCUCGCCGGCAGCCCGGCGGGGAGCAACCGGGCAAUCAGAACCCAGCCGCCGCGCGCCGAGCUGAACUCCACCGAAGAGCUGAAGCCCCUGAACCGCGAGUCCAGGGCCGUGGUGGCCGUGCCGGGCAGCCAGGCCCAGGGCAACAAGUGCCAGGGCAACAAGUGCGAGGACUGCGGCCGCUGCCGCUGCCCCGAGUGCGGCCGCCCGCGGGUGCUCCCCUCCUGCUGGACGUGCGGCCGGCGGUGCGUGUGCUCGGUGCAGAGCGCGGUGGAGUACGGGACGUGCGUCUGCUGCGUCAAGGGGCUCUUCUACCACUGCUCCAGCGAUGACGAGGACACGUGCGCCGACAAGCCCUUCUCGUGCACGCAGUCGCACUGCUGCGUCCGCUGGACCACCGUGUCGCUCCUCUCCCUGCUCUUCCCCUGUCUCCUGUGCUACCUCCCGGCCAAAGGAUGCGUCCUCGUGUGCCAGAGCUGCUACGAUCGAGUCGCCCGACCAGGCUGUCGGUGCGGGAGCGCAAACCCGAAACGCCGCGAGGACGGCGGCAAGCUGACGUAGGCGAGGCGGCGCCGUGUACCGGAGCGCCGGAGAGACUUUGCGUUGACUGAACUGACGAGAUGGCCCCGUAGUUGUUUAGUUUACGGGUUUGAUUGGAGAGCUAUUGAUGCUUGUGUUUUCCAUGCAGAUCUGACCUGACUCACACACUUGGGACAUGGUCGCGGUUUUGCCUUCAACGAGUGACGAUAAAAGGAGUCGCUCAACCUAGCGUUCUAAGUUUCAGUUGACAGGUAAACCAAAAUAAGCGCUUCUCGUGAUAAAGGGUUAAAGACGCAGUCAACACUGGUUUGUCCGAAUAAAAUAACUUCUUCACUCAAGUGCCCAGAUAUAGUCUUGUUGCUAUGAGAGUCCAAAUGGAUAGCCUUUAUUUUAACGUUUAAUACAACUUAUAUGCUAAAAGCAGACUCCCAUUACUAACUGUAUGUAAAGUAGUAAAUGCAAAGGGUAUGUACAUUAGACGAUGAGUUUGACAGAUGUUUUAUUUUUGUACAUAUAAUACUUCAACUGUGAAAGGUUUUCUGCCAUACGAGAGGCACUUUGAUGAAUCUGCAUUUAUAUGAAUCAGUCGACUUCAUUCUCACCAUGUCUGUACAUUCACUGGAAUGUAUAUCAAUCAUUUAAUUUACAUAAUUUACAAAAAUCGUAUCCCUUCUACUUGUAAAUUGUACAGUGACCAUAUAUGAAAAUUUUAUUUUCUAAUUCCAACAUUGCUUAGUGUAAAGUUAAAAAAUAUAUAUAUUUAUUUGAAGGUUUAUUAUUUUAUAAUGAAAAAUAUUUAUUUUGAAAAAGCAUUGUUCAUGUGUCACCUCUCAUGGGGCUGCCCUGUAGUCGCUCCGGAUUUUGAGGUGACCUGUAGGAGUGUCAAAGCUGGAUGAAUAGUUCACUAUGAAUUAGAAAACAAAUAUAUUAACGUUUGAAAUUAAACAACCUUGAAGUCUGA